AUGGGUCUCGGCAGCUCAAAACCGCAAUCUGCACGACAAGCAAGAAAUUUAUCGCCAGGACGACGGAGCGGAAUUCCAGGAGGAAAACGACGCAGAAGAAGUUUAUUAAGAAGAGUUAGACUAGCUCCAACAACGCAACCUAUUGCACCAAGUCAAUAUCAUGUUUCACGUCGAUCUUCGUAUGGCUCAAGAAAUUUUACUCCACCAAUGCCUGUAUAUAUGCAAUCAUCGCGUUCAUAUCCUUUCUCUUUCUCACAACUCUACAAUAGUUAUCCUAUGUAUCCUUUGAAUAAUUAUUCUUCCUACCCUUAUGUAUCAUCACGUCAACCGUUCAUGAUGCCACAAUAUUCACCUGUAAUGAUAUCACCACAAGUACUAGUACCUCCUACUUCAAUGAUGUUUCCGCAGGUAGCAGCACAAUUAGUGCCGCCGUAUGUAUCUUCUCCUUAUCCAAUGGGCACGUCAUAUGUACCACAACAGCCUCCUCAAUUUCGACCUAUUUAUAAUAAUAUAGGAGUUUCUGUUCCCACGUCAACGGGUAUGGCAAAUCCAGUCCAACUAAAUCAUUCGUCAUUUCGAGGAGUACCUCAAAAUCUAUUUACAGAUUGGACAGGAGGUGGACAGAACUCUCCGGGUUUUCUCGGACCACCAAUUUAA